CUCUCUUGUUCUCCCGUUUCUUCUUCCUCUUUUCUUUCUCUGUCUGUUUCUUCUCCAUUCUUUCUCCUCUCUCAAUUCUUCCCCAAAUCCAUCUCCCUAACCCCAAACUCACGGCAACAAAGACGGCAGGUCGGCAACGAGGACGGCGACGAGUACGGCUUCCAUCUUUCUCCUCUCAUUUCUUCCCCAAACCCAUCUCUUAGAACCCUAGCCCCAAACUCACGGCAACAAGGACGGUAAGUCGGCAACGAGGACGGCGACGAGUAUGGCUUCCAGCUUUGCAAGUGAACCUGGGCUAUAUGAAUUAUUCCAAGAGGUGGCAAGGGCAGAGUAUGUGAAGUACUAAACAGAGAAUCACGUGUACCUGAUGGGGUCAAUGAACAGUUCUCAUCUUGCCAUGCCCUUUAGCAGAGAGGGAAAUAGGAAAAAACAUUUCGACCUAUACUUUUACAUCAAGCAGUUGUAGAGAAAUGCACCUGUCAGCUCUCCGCUCUUCAUUGUCAUCAAAAGUUCGAAAGAUUUCCUUUUCAUACUGUUCAGCACCCCUUAAUCAUUACAAAGAACAAGAUGACAGAUGGAGACUAAAGGACCAAGAACUGAAGGAGAAUAAAGAACCUUUGGUUGGCUCUCGAGCUCGAAUCCAUAAGUUGAUAGCUUCACAGUCAGACCCACUCCUUGCUAAGGAAAUUUUCGACUUAGCUUGCCGUCAGCCCAAUUUUCAGCAUUCCUAUGCAACCUACCACUCCCUUAUCCUCAAACUUGGCCGCUCUCAUCACUUUUCUCUCAUGCAUGCCGUCCUCUCUAGCCUCAAAUUCCAUAACUACUCCAUUUCCCCAUCUCUCUUCACUCACAUCAUUGAAAUCUAUGGUGAUGCAAACUUGCCAGAGAAAGUUCUCAAAACCUUCUAUACAAUCCUUGAAUUCAACAUCAAGCCCCUUACAAAACACCUCAAUUGCAUUCUCGAAAUCCUUGUUGCUAACCGUAACUUCGUCCAGCCUGCAUUUGAUCUCUUUAGGUCUGCCCAUAAAUAUGGAGUCUCCCCCAACACCAAGUCCUACAACAUUAUGAUGCGAGCUUUUUGUCUAAAUGACGACUUAAGCAUCGCAUACACUUUGUUUAAUCAAAUGUUUAAGCGUGAUGUGCCUCCAGAUGUGGAGUCGUAUAGGAUUCUAAUGCAAGGAUUGUGCAGGAAGAGUCAGGUGAAUAAAGCUGUUGAUUUGCUGGAGGAUAUGUUGAACAAAGGGUUUGUACCAGACACUUUAAGCUAUACUACUCUUUUGAAUAGCUUGUGUAGGAAAAAGAAGCUUAAGGAAGCGUAUAAGCUUCUUUGUCGGAUGAAAGUAAAGGGAUGCAAUCCUGACAUUCUCCAUUAUAAUACUGUCAUCUCAGGAUACUGUAAGGUUGGCCGUGCUGCUGAUGCUUGUAAAGUACUAGAUGACAUGCCUUCAAAUGGGUGCUUGCCAAAUUUGUUGUCAUAUCAGAGCAUAGUUGGGGGCUUAUGCAAUCAGGGUAUGUACACCGAAGCAAAGAGUUAUUUUAAGGUGAUGAUGUCAAAGGGGUUUUGUCCACAUUUUUCGGUUGUUCAUCUACUAGUUAAGGGCUUUUGUAAAAUCGGGAAAGCGGAGGAUGCUUGUGAAGUGUUGUUUGAGUUGUUGAGGCAUGGGAAUAGUCCACAUGCUGACACUUGGGCUGAAAUUUUACCUAGUAUAUGUGAGGCAGACAACACAACAGGAGAUGUCCUACAACAGGUUAUUAAGGUGGAGAUAACGCCAAACACUAGAAUAGUGGAUCUCGGUGCUGGCUUGGAGGAUUACUUGAUCAAGAAGAUAAAAGCUAGAUCAAGAACAAGUUGAUUUUUCAUGCAAAAUUGCUGUUCUGAUUGAAUUUCAAUGUAUUAUCCUUAAUCAAGCCUGGUUUUUGGCACUGUUAGGGAUGUAUGAUAGAGCUGCAGAUUCUUCAGCUACCCGUUAUUUUUAUGGAUAGUUAAAUUUAAUAGCAUAAACAGAAUACUAAAGGUGUACAGCAGACUUCACAUAGCUUGGAGUAUUCUGAAUGUCGAAAAGACAAUCAAGAUUAAUGGAUCCAUUUCAGUUGUAAUGAAACGUCCAUUUUGCUAAAGCAUGUGUUGUGGAAUUUGCAUGCCAGCGGGUGUGUUUAAGUUUCCACCGUGGCUAUUUGUCGA